AUGCUAGAGAACAAGCUCAGUCGAGAUGAUGCUCUUAAAGAACAGUACCAAAACUUUAUGACUGAAUACGAAACACUUGGUCAUAUGCAGCUAGUGACUGACCAUGAACAUUCACUCACACUGUGUUAUCAUUUACCACACCAUGCUGUUGUUCGUGACGACAGCACCACAACAAAGGUGCGCGUAGUAUAUGAUGCGUCAUGUAAAACACCUGGCGGGCCGUCCUUGUAUGAUGCUCUUAUGGUGGGUCCUAUUGUACAGCAAGAUCUGCGCUCGAUAAUGAUGAGAACAAGAACUCGGCCCAUCAUGAUGAUUGCCGAUAUUAAACAAAUUUAUAGGCAAAUCCUCAUGGAUGAACGAGACACUCCACUGCAGCGCAUAGUACGGAGAACGACUCGCGAUGCACCCAUGCAAACCUUCGAACUGAUAGCGGUAACGUACGGCAAAGCCAGUGCCCCAUACUUGGCUACAAGAGUUCUGAAGGAGUUGGCCAACGACGAAUGUGAACAUUUUCCCCAAGCAGCUGCGGUACUAAUAACUGACUUUUACGUGGACGAUCUGUGUUCUGGAACGACAACUGUGGAAGAAGCCAUCCAGCUCCGCACCCAAUUGGACGCACUACUACGAAAGGGAGGCUUCGAACUUCGUAAAUGGGCGUCUAACGAACCGCAGGUACUUGAAGAAAAUCGAGUACUGUUAUCAACUGUUGAUCUCAACUGUACGUGA